GUCGUCUCUGUGUUUCUGUUCCUCUGCGUUUCGCACUUAAAUUAAAUUAAAACUUAUUAAAAAUGGCUCCUCCAUCAUACAGCGAUUUGGGCAAGCAGGCUCGCGAUAUCUUCAGCAAAGGCUACAACUUUGGCCUGUGGAAAUUAGACCUGAAGACCAAGACCCCUUCGGGCAUUGAAUUCAACACAGCUGGUCACUCUAAUCAGGAGUCGGGCAAGGUCUUUGGUUCCCUGGAGACCAAGUACAAGGUGAAGGACUAUGGCCUCACUCUCACCGAGAAGUGGAACACAGACAACACCCUGUACACCGAGGUGGCUGUACAGGACCAGCUGCUCGAGGGUCUGAAGCUCUCGCUGGAGGGAAACUUUGCUCCCCAGUCUGGAAACAAGAGCGGCAAGUUCAAGGUUGCCUUUGGCCAUGAAUACGUGAAGGCCGAUUCGGAUGUCAACAUUGAUCUGAAGGGUCCCUUGAUCAAUGCCUCUGCUGUGCUGGGCUACAAUGGUUGGUUGGCCGGCUACCAGGCCGCAUUUGAUACGCAACAGACCAAGUUGACCACCAACAACUUUGCCCUUGGUUACACAACCAAGGACUUUGUCUUGCACACAGCCGUUAACGAUGGUCAGGAGUUCAGCGGCUCCAUCUUCCAACGCACUUCGGACAAGCUGGAUGUUGGUGUGCAAUUGUCGUGGGCCAGUGGCAGCAGCAACACCAAGUUCGCCAUCGGCGCCAAAUAUCAAUUAGGCGAUGAUGCCAGCGUUCGCGCCAAGGUGAACAAUGCCAGCCAGGUGGGUCUCGGCUAUCAGCAGAAGUUGCGCGAUGGCGUCACCUUGACCCUGUCCACAUUGGUCGAUGGCAAGAACUUCAAUGACGGUGGCCACAAAAUCGGCGUUGGCUUGGAAUUGGAGGCUUAAGUCGAACAAUUUUUCCCCCAUUGAGGAAAAUAGUUAUCUAAAAUCCCCACACUCCCAACAACAACAACAGAAACAGAAAAGUGCAGAAUCAACAACAAGCAGAACAAGCAAAAUAAAAACCAAUAUUCUACAACAAAAACACAUUACAUAAAAGAUAAAGGAAUCUUCACACAUUUAGCAAUUACUUCGGGUCAGCUGUCAGAACUGUCCAGCACCUGCGCAACCGCCUCCGUGCUCCACCAGAAUCUGCAGAAGCGACACUGCCAGCCAACGAAAUGAGCAAUGGGUUGGAUGUAGUUUUGUGUAGUUUGUACCAGAGAACUAGCUUAUGUGUUGUUGGUAAACAAAUACAUUUACCUAUUAAACAAAA